AUGUCGUUGGAUCCUAGUUGGAGGCCUCAGGAGGAUGCGGCCACGAUCUUGAAUGAACGGACAUGGUUGGCUGGCAUCAUUCUUUCGGCAGUCGCCUACGGGAUUGUCUUCACAUUGUUCAUGAUGUCCUUCGUACAGCUCAUACGGACGACAAACAAAAGGAAUCUCGCGUCCAAACUUCCGCUGAUAAUCUACAUAUCACUUAUAUUCAUCCUGGGUACUUUGAUUAUUGGUUCAGGCUCGAAAAUGACGCAGUUGAGCUUCAUUGACUAUCGGAACAUCCCUGGAGGCCCAGCCACCUUUGAAGAAGUUGAAUUUUCCAUUCCGGUAGAUGAAGUAGCAAAUGUGGCGUAUGUUUUGGCGAAUUGGUUUGCGGAUGGGAUGGUUGUGUAUCGAUGUAUGGUCAUCUACAGAGGGUGUAGGUUCUCCCCCUAUCUGGUCAUGGGAAUUCCAGCCAUUGCAUACCUCGGAUCCGUUACCACUGGAAUACUGUGGCUAACGCAGAUUUCUGCCACUUCACCUUGGGUAGCUGGGAGCAUCAACUUUACUGCGCCAUACUUCUGGUUGUCACUGGCUCUUAAUAUGACCAUGACUAUAGCUAUCUGCGCGAGACUGCUUGUUUUCCGCAGAAGGAUGGUGAAGGUGUUGGGAGGAAGGCAUGGGUCGCAUUAUACCAGCAUUGCUGCAAUGCUUGUGGAAUCUGCGGCAAUCUACUCUGUCUUCUCACUGUGUUUCUUAGUCCCCUUCGCUCUUAACCAUCCCAUUCAAAAUACGUUUAUUCAGAUGUUAGGAGAGGUUCAGAUCAUUGCUCCACUUCUUAUCACGUACAGAGUUGCAUACGGAAAGGCCUGGACUGAUAAAACCACUAAACAGCUUCUAUCAGGGAACACCAAAGAAGCGGAGUCCGUCAGUAUGAAGUUUAUCAAACCACUUUCGACUGUUGAUGCAUCAAAUCAUUCCAACACACUAAACGAAUCUAAACCGGAGGGCUUUGUGCUGGAGGGGUCCGAUAUCUCCCAGAUGCAAUCUGGACGUUGGCACGAUAAGUCAUCGGUCUGA